CCAUGGUAGCCAGGUGGGCGAAGGGGAGCGAGGACGAUACACCUGCUUUGAAGAAGCCGACAUUUGACCUGCCGAGUGAGUGACCAGGUGGUCCCAAAGCCUGACCAUGGACCCGAUUAACAUCAGCAUGGCCAGUGCUCCCCUGGUGAAGCACACUGCUGGAGCUGGCCUCAAGACCAGCAGACCCCGAGUCAUGUCCAAGAGUGGACACAGCAACGUGAGAAUCGACAAAGUGGAUGGCAUAUACCUGCUCUACCUCCAAGACUUGUGGACCACCGUCAUCGACAUGAAGUGGAGAUACAAGCUCACCCUGUUUGCUGCCACGUUCGUGAUGACCUGGUUCCUUUUUGGUGUGAUCUACUAUGCCAUUGCCUUCAUUCAUGGGGACUUAGAACCCAGUGAGCACACUUCAAAUCACACCCCCUGCAUCAUGAAAGUAGACUCCCUCACGGGGGCAUUUCUCUUUUCCCUGGAAUCCCAGACAACCAUCGGCUACGGAGUCCGUUCCAUCACAGAGGAAUGCCCUCAUGCCAUCUUCCUCUUGGUGGCUCAGCUGGUCAUCACCACCUUGAUUGAGAUCUUCAUCACGGGCACCUUCCUGGCCAAAAUCGCGAGACCCAAAAAGCGGGCGGAGACCAUCAAGUUCAGCCACUGUGCCGUCAUCACCAAGCAGAACGGGAAGCUGUGCUUGGUGAUCCAGGUGGCCAACAUGAGGAAGAGUCUCCUGAUUCAGUGCCAGCUCUCGGGAAAGCUCCUCCAGACCCACGUCACCAAGGAGGGGGAGCGAAUCCUCCUCAACCAGGCCACCGUCAAAUUCCACGUGGACUCCUCUUCCGAGAGCCCCUUCCUCAUCUUGCCCAUGACAUUCUACCACGUGCUGGAUGAGACGAGCCCCCUGAGAGAUCUCACCCCCCAAAACCUUAAGGAGAAGGAGUUUGAGCUGGUGGUUCUCCUCAAUGCCACGGUGGAGUCCACCAGCGCUGUCUGCCAGAGCCGCACGUCUUACAUCCCAGAGGAGAUCUACUGGGGUUUUGAGUUUGUGCCUGUGGUUUCUCUCUCAAAAACCGGCAAGUACGUGGCUGAUUUCAGUCAGUUCGAACAGAUCCGGAAGAGCCCAGAUUGCACCUUUUACUGCACGGAUUCUGAGAAACAGAAACUUGAGGAGAAGUACAGGCAGGAAGAUCAGAGGGAAAGAGAGCUGAGAACGCUUUUGUUGCAACAGAGCAACGUCUGACGGCAGUGGUGUCGCCUCGACUUAACUCUGAGCUGCUUCCACAUCUGAGCUCCCUUCAAACCCAGAGGCCACUGGGAAAACAAAAAUGUGUGGACACACUCUGAAAAACCGCACAGAUGUACAGACCUGUUCUUUUGAUCUGGUGUCUAAACAAGCAUUCCACCUGUGGUAGGGUUCCUUUUUUAAAUGCUUUGUGUGAAGCAAACUCCCCAAAUUCAAAUUUUCUAAAAGGGGGCUGCAUUUCCAAGAACUUGGUGGAGGCUACUUGAAACAAUCUGGAUGGACAGAUAUUUCGCAAUGCUGAUAUUGAAAGGAAAUGCAUUUCCAUACAAGGAUGUCAGCUAUAACAAAAUGUAUUUAUUCAAUCCAAGUAUCAAAGACGAGAUGGCCGAGAGCUGAAACGUGGUUCAGUAUCCACUUAUAUCAUUGCUCUAAAACACACUCAUUUUUUCAAGCAGAGAAAAAGGUAUUUAUAAUGAAGGCUAUCUGGUAAUACAUAAAAAGGGGCAAAGGGACUCUGUACUCACAAAAUAUAAUAAUUCUGUUUUUACCUUUUUCGGUGAAUGUAAUUGUACGGAGUGACAUUGAUCAAAUCAGGAAUGCAUCGUUGUGAAUACAUGUACAGAUGGAGCUGAUGUGAUUGUUCACACUAAUUUGUUUUUGUUGGAAUGUA